GAAAAUAUAUUUGGGUAACAAAAUGUAAUCGGAGGCGGAGGGAAUAACUGAGGAGUGAGGACAAUGAGAAUCGGAUCGGUGUUCGACGGCGGCGAGCUGAGAAGGGAAUUCGAAAAAAGUGGAAUUGACCCAAAAUUCAUUCGAAUCAUAUGGAAGCGUGUGGUUCUCAGUCUGAACGAAAAGGAGGAAUGGGAUUGGGAAAAACAAGUUCCUUCGUUGCCUUCGUCAGCGUACUCUCUGCUUCGUUCCAACCUGGGAAGCCCUCUCUCUUCCUCUCUGCACUCUGUUUUCCACUCUGCCGAUAACCUAACCUCAAAGCUCCUCAUCAAGCUUCGCAAUGGAGCUUUUGUGGAGGCUGUGAUAAUGAGGUAUGAUACUCGUUUGGGCAAAUAUGCUGGUAAACCCCGUCCUGGCGGUCUUAGAGCUACUUUGUGCAUUUCAUCUCAGGUAGGAUGCAAAAUGGGUUGCAAAUUCUGUGCAACUGGAAGCAUGGGAUUCAAAAAUAACUUAUCAUCGGGAGAAAUUGUGGAGCAGUUGGUUCAUGCUUCCAGUUUCUCACAAAUCCGCAAUGUUGUAUUCAUGGGAAUGGGCGAGCCUCUGAACAACUAUUCUGCUGUGGUAGAUGCUGUUCAAAUCAUGACUGGAUCACCAUUUCAAUUGUCAUUGAAGAGGAUUACCAUCUCAACUGUUGGCAUUAUCCAUGCUAUCAACAAGCUUCAUAAUGACCUGCCAGGUUUGAACUUGGCAGUCUCACUGCAUGCACCAGCCCAAGACAUCCGUUGCCAGAUAAUGCCUGCUGCUCGUGCUUUCCCUUUGGAAAAACUUAUGGAUUCACUGCAAGAAUAUCAAAGGAAAAGUCUGCAGAAAAUAUUAAUUGAAUACAUAAUGCUUGAUGGGGUGAAUGAUGAAGAGCAGCAUGCCCACCAAUUGGGGAAACUGUUGGAGACGUUUCAAGUGGUAGUGAACUUAAUACCAUUCAACCCCAUUGGUAACUUGAGCCAAUUCAAACCAACCACGGAGCAGAAAGUCUCAAAAUUUCAGAAAAUUCUUAGGGGUACCUAUAAUAUUCGAACUACAGUUCGGAAGCAGAUGGGACAGGACAUAAGUGGUGCUUGUGGACAAUUGGUGGUUAACAUACCUGACAGGUCCCUUGCCAAUGCAUAUCCUCUAACGGACAUAGAAGAUCUUGUUAUUUGAUAUCAUAUAGGUUCAGUUUAAUUCUUGCCCUCACUUUUAAAAUUUUGUUUCCUAGUUUAUGCAUUGUUUUCAAGUUUCAAUCCACAGAAAGAAAUUAAAGGUAGAAUUCAAGGUGCACUCGGUGAAGUGUUCGAGUACAUUUUAGGUUUUGAUAUAACUAAUUCUGAAAGAAAUGGUGUGAUUAAUAUC